GGGGAUCGCGCCGCGGACUCCAGGCCCCGUUAUCAAAUCCAGUUCUGAGCAGCCGUCCUAUAAGUUCCGCCGGGUCCGCCUCCUCCGGCGAGACAUCCACAAACACCAGGGCUCACAUCCUGCUUCGCGGCGGCAGAUCAAUCUGACACCAGGCGAGCUCGGCGAGGCGGACCGUCGGAGAUGUCGGCUGCGGGAGGCGAGGAGGACAAGAAGCCGGCGGGAGGCGAGGGCGGCGGCGCCCACAUCAACCUCAAGGUCAAGGGUCAGGACGGCAAUGAGGUGUUCUUCCGCAUUAAGAGGUCUACCCAGCUGAAGAAGCUGAUGAAUGCCUACUGCGACCGCCAGUCUGUGGACAUGACUGCCAUUGCCUUCCUGUUUGAUGGUCGCAGGCUCCGUGCAGAGCAGACUCCUGACGAGCUCGAGAUGGAAGAUGGCGAUGAGAUCGACGCCAUGCUUCACCAGACUGGAGGCUUCCUGCUGCCUCCGAAUGCUUAGAAGCUGUUGCAGCUUAAUUGUUUGCUGCCUAGAAAAGCCUUUUAAUCUAUCGUUGAGAGUACAUGCAAGAAGUCUGAAAAGAACUUGUGAAGCUUUGGUUCUGUGCCAUAGCUGAAGGUCAUUAGGGGAUCUUUGUUUAGUAUGAUUUGGGUACUUUGGCCUGUGUGGUGACUUGUUUAUCCAUCCCCUAAUAUAAUCUAUGCAUCUAUCCUCUUGGUACUC